ACACGAUGAACCGCAGCGAAGCACACCACAGAUCCCCGCCGCCCCAACCAGAUUCCGGCGAUCUUCAGCUAGGCUUAACAGCCGUCGAAUACAUCGCGCUCCAGCCGACCAUCGAGGCUCACCACCAGCACCUUGUCGGCCCCGGCCAAUGCUCUUCACUAAACGCGCAGCGAAUCCGCGCACCGGCAGCCACCGUUUGGUCGGUGGUUCGCCGCUUCGAUCUCCCCCAAAUCUACAAACACUUUAUCCGCAGCUGCGCCAUCAAAGGCGGCGGCAGGGUUCAGGUCGGCUGCCUCCGCGACGUCAGCGUCAUCUCCGGUCUGCCGGGGAGCAACAGCAUAGAGCGACUCGACAUUCUCGACGACGAGCAGAGGAUCACCGGAUUCACCAUCAUCGGCGGCGAGCAUCGACUGAGGAACUACCGAUCCGUGAGAACGGUGACGGAUUUUGGGGGAUCGGAUCGAGAACAGGGGAGCGAUGAGUGGACGGUGGUGCUGGAGUCGUACAUCGUCGAUGUGCCGGAAGGGAAUACGGAAAACGAUACGAGGGUCUUCGCCGAUACUGUUGUCCGGCUUAAUCUGCAGAAACUCGCCUCUGUGUCGGAAUCCAUGGCCACGGGGAAAGGGAUUGUGGGGAAGAGUUCGGAUGGAUGAACAAUUGGAAGAAAGGGAUUCGGAUUUGCUGCCAGAAUUACCAUUUCGUAUUGAUUUUUUGUCGUAGUUUGAUUCCUUCAGGUCUUUUCAUG